AUGCGUCGUAGAGGAGCUGUGGCUAGCGAAAGUGCCAUAUGCUCCAAGAUCGGAAGGGAUACCAUUGCGAUGGGCGGGUCUGCCGCCGACGCCAUGGUGUCCACCACCUUGUGCGUAGGCGUCAUCGGCAUGUACCACUCCGGCAUUGGCGGUGGCGGCUUUAUGCUCGUCCGUGACAAGAAUGGGAAUUACGAAACUAUCGACUACAGAGAGACCGCCCCGGCGGCCGCGAGCCAAGACAUGUAUAAGCACGACCAAAACGCCAGUGUCUAUGGCGGCCUGGCCGUCGCUGUACCGACGCGGAUAACAACACAUUCUUGGUCGACGACCCGAUCUGGGCUGAGGAUUUUGCCCCCAAUGGUGAGAAGGCAGACUCAUAACUCAUUGGAGAAGAUUGCCAAUCAAGGGAUCGAUGUCUUUUACAAAGGGGAGAUCGGUGAGUUAGCUCUGCGUCAUAGGGUUAAGCCGUCCACUGACCUGGCCGCAAAAGCCGAGUCCAUGGUCAGCUACAUCCAAGAGAUGAACGGGAUCGUGACCAUGGAAGAUCUCGACGCGUAUACCGUCAAUGUGAAGCCAGCUCUUAACAUCACGUACGGUGACUACAGGCUUUUUGCCACGGAAGCCCCUAGCAGCGGCGCCGUCACCUUCAGCAUGUUCAAAACAAUGCAGCAAUACGCGCCGGAAGACCUCGCCGACAUCAACCUGACCACCCACCGUUUCGUCGAGGCCAUGAAGUUUGCCUACGCAGCACGUCUAGAACUCGGCGACCCGGCAUUCGUAAAGAACGCUUCGCAAAUUGAGGCCUUCCUGCUGAGCGACGACACAGCCGAGGACAUCCGCAGCCGCAUCUUCGACGACAGAACGCAGCCAGUGGAAGCUUACGACCCGCUGUCCCUUUUCGUCCCCGACAGCCAUGGCACCUCGCACGUCGUCGCCUCCGACGAGUCCGGCUUAACUAUCUCAUCCACAACCACCAUCAACCUCCUCUUUGGCGCCCAAAUCAUGACGCCCGACACAGGCAUCAUCCUGGGGAGGACGGGGACGGAGGCGAAAAUCCUGGCGCGCGGCAUGAGCCUGCACGACGCCGUGGCCGCGCCGCGCCUGCACCACCAGCUGCUGCCCCAUGUGCUGCGCGUGGAGGAGGGGUACGAUGCGGCGGUGGUGGCGAGUUUGGAGGGGAAGGGCCAUGAGAUUGAGUAUAUGGCGCCGGGGCUGAGCGCGGUGCAGGGGGUGAUGCGGUUUUGGGAUGGGAGGUUUGAUGCGGUGGGGGAGCCGAGGCAGGUUAAUAGUGGGGGGUAUGUUGUUUGA